CUGGACAAAGUGGACAUGGCGAAACGUAGGCCGUUGCCAUCCCGCUGGAUCAGUGCAGGAGGCGACGACGGCGACAGGCACAACGCAGACGAAGGAGAUCGACGGCCUCAUCGCUCCUCAGGACGGACGGACGGACAGAACUCGCGGCGAGAUCCAGCGACGCGAUCAGCUGGAGGCGUAAUACAGACCACGAAAUGCUGCACGAGCGGCCUUGAAGAGACCAGACUCGACGGGACCCAAGUGAACCUCGGCUACGAUUUCUCCCCCAACAAUCACUGGACUUUCAGCGGGGGAGCGAGUCACGCAUUCGACAGCGGAACAAACUUUAAUGUAGGAGCAACAUACAAAUUUCGCCGUGAUGCAAAACCGGAAGAUGAAAAGUGAAAAGAUGAAGUUGAGAGGCUGGAGAAAUUCUGAGUUGGUGAAAAUAAAAUCAGGUUGAUUAUAAA